AGGCUGCACGCUGACAACAGAGAACCCGAUGCAGGGCUUGAGCCCAUGAACUGUGAGAUCGUGACCCAAGCCCAAGUCAGACGCUCAAUCAACUGAGCCACCCAGGCGCCCCCUCUCCCGGAACUUUUUUGAAAAGCAGAUGCCUGGACUUAUGGCAGACAUUUCGAGUGAGAAUCGGCUGAGGCUGGACCCGGGCAUGACUGUGUUUUGGAAGUUCUGUAGGUUGUUCAGAUGUGUAGCCAGAGUUGGAAACCAGGGCCAGUAGCAUAAUAUGGCUGUGAUGUGGGGUUUCUAUCCCUCCUAUUUCUGUUCUUCAAGGAGUUGUUCCGAGUGGCUCAGCACACACCCGAACCACCCACACAAACACCUGCUCCUUAAAAAGGAGUGUUAUCUCUGCCUUUAUCGACAUUAGGGCAGGCUUGGCUUUACAUUGUACUCCUCAGUCUGCGAAUAUUUGGCCGUUUGAAUGAAUGAACAGAGCCCUGUAAGUGACCAGCAGAACAAACAUACAGUAGAACAGGAAUUAGAACCCUGAAAUAUGGAUCCCCAGACCAGUACAUUUUCUGUUCUUUAACCCCCAUGUGCCCCAGCAUCACUAAGGGGGUUGGUUAAAAAUGAGAUUGUACCCGGAGGCUGUAUUUGAGGAGUUUGUCUGGCUACCUUCACUUGUCAUUUGAAAAAGGUGACGCGUGCCCUGCAGAGCUCUGGGAGCCACGCACACGUGGUGGCGCUCAGCAAAUGACAGUACUAUUGAUAAGAAGCCUGCGUUGAAAGCCGCUUCUCGACCGGCGGGGCUGUGCUGCCCGCAGGGCUCCUUGUCCGGAUUCCCAUUCAGCCCACAAGGACCAGGCACUGUGCCCCACCCCACAGCCGGGCGAUGGUGGGUGGCAGCAGGCAAGGUGAUUGCAGUGGCCCCCCUCGGCCUUCUGCUUGCCCCCAGGCCCGGUAGGAGAGCUCUGGCCCUGAAUCUCCUCCUGGACUCCGUUUCCCUGAAUUAUACCUUCUGUUUCCUUUGCACAAAGCUUUCACCUGCUGGGAAGAAUUGCUACGGACCAGAUCUUGACUUCUGUGAUGUGUGCUUUAGCGGAACCAAAGCCGCCAGGGCAGAGGUGAUAUCAGGGUAAUGGCUCUGAUUCUCACUCAGAACUGGCGGGCGACCACGGGCACCACAGGACUUACGACCGUGGGCUUGAGGACUAGUCCCAACUCGUAAAAAUGUCAUGCCCCUGGGCAGGCUGUAGUUUCCUCCACUGCAGCAUAAUUGUGUGUGUCCCACUUAAUUCUCUCAUGACGAUUAAUUUAUCCUCUGGGAGCCAGGGGAAGCUUCCAGACAAGGCCUCCCCAGGAGUGUUCCAAAGCACCAGUUAGGGGCUCCCCUCUCCCCUCUUCGAACACCAGCAGGACCCCUGUCUUUGGGCACUUAUCCCCUUCUGCCCUGCAGUGUGGCUAUUCCUGUCCUUAAUUUAUUUCACGGGCCAAAAGGAGUGCUAAACACACAGAGCCCGCUGGCUCCUGCGGGCAGGUUUCGGGUUUCGGGGUCCCGUGCCAGGCCCUUGGGGACCUGGGCCUGCUUUACCUCUGCAGCCCUGCCCUGGGCACCGGGCCUGCGGUUCUCUGAGCAACGCCUGCGUGUGCACACGGGGUUCCCUCUACCUGGAUGCUCCCCCCUCAGCCCUCUGUUUGCCUCCUCAGGCAGCAGUUAGCAUGACUGAAGAAUUUUCAGAAUGUAAGACGCUGUGACCACACGGACUGACUGUGGCGGCUGCCCACGGGUCACCAUUGGGUGAAUGGGUGGCGAUGUGACAGAAACAGGAGUCCCUCAGCUUGUCGAUUUCGAGCAGAGCAGGGGUCCUCGCUGCUCUGGAUUUGUUACUUGGCGGCCAGCUGUUUCCCCUCACAAUUCCCAACACACACCCUGCGGCUUGUUCCUAAGGCCUACAAAAGCCGUAGGAGGAAAGUGAUUACAGGAACUUCAGCUGUUUUGCGCUCUCUGAAUGGCCCUCUUUCAUCAGGAUAUGCAGGGACAAGGGCCUUUUUAAGCCCAAAUAUCAGGGGAAGACAAGAGUCCCACAAGAGCCAUCUGCCCCCUGGGUGGGAACAUCAUCCGGACGAGAACUCCUGCCCAAGGACUCCUGGCCCCUUCCUUCCCUCUCUCCUUUCUCUGGAGGGAGUGCGAGGCAGGAGCUGGAGGCAGUCGAAGAUGUGAACCAGGCUAUCAUGAACCUUUUUUAUUUCACUGACUUCUGCGUCUCCCUUCAGCGGGCUCACACCCUCCGCUCUUCGGAAGCUUCCAGCCCAAAUUACUUAAGUGAGAGCUUUUUCAUGGUGAAAGGAGCGGCCCUCUUCUUACAACAGGGAAACAGCCCUCAAAGCCAGCGAAGCCUUCAGCAUCCCCACAAGCAUGCAGGUGACCUGCCCCAACAUCUUCAAAUAAUGAUCAACCUCCUGCGUUGUGAAGAUCGGAUCAAGCUGGCCGUGCGCUUGGAGAGCGCCUGGGCAGAGCGGGUCCGGUACAUGGUGGUGGUAGACAGCAGCGGGCGCCAAGACACGGAGGAGAGCAUCUUGCUGGGAGUCGACUUUUCCAGUAAGGAGAGUAAAAGCUGUACCAUUGGGAUGGUUCUCCGGCUGUGGAGCGACACGAAAAUCCACCUCGACGGAGAUGGUGGGUUCAGCGUCAGCACAGCGGGACGGAUGCACGUCUUCAAGCCCGUGUCUGUCCAGGCCAUGUGGUCUGCCCUGCAGGUCCUUCACAAGGCCUGCGAAGUGGCACGGAGACACAACUACUUCCCCGGCGGCGUGGCUCUCAUCUGGGCCACCUACUAUGAGAGCUGCAUCAGCUCCGAUCAGAGCUGCAUCAACGAGUGGAACGCCAUGCAGGACCUGGAGUCCACGCGGCCCGACUCCCCGGCCCUGUUUGUGGACAAGCCAACUGAAGGGGAGAGGACCGAGCGCCUCAUCAAAGCCAAGCUCCGGAGCAUCAUGAUGAGCCAGGAUCUGGAAAACGUGACCUCAAAAGAAAUCCGUAAUGAAUUAGAGACGCAGAUGAACUGUAACUUGAAAGAAUUCAAGGAAUUCAUAGACAACGAGAUGCUCCUUAUCUUGGGACAGAUGGACAAACCCUCCCUCAUCUUCGACCAUCUUUAUCUCGGCUCUGAAUGGAAUGCGUCCAAUCUGGAGGAGCUGCAGGGCUCAGGUGUUGACUACAUUUUAAAUGUCACUAGAGAAAUAGAUAAUUUUUUCCCUGGCUUAUUUGCAUAUCAUAACAUCCGAGUCUACGACGAGGAGACAACAGACCUUCUUGCCCACUGGAACGAGGCGUACCAUUUUAUAAACAAAGCAAAGAGGAACCAUUCCAAGUGCCUGGUGCAUUGCAAGAUGGGUGUCAGCCGAUCCGCUUCCACGGUCAUAGCCUACGCGAUGAAGGAGUUUGGCUGGCCUCUGGAAAAAGCGUACAACUACGUGAAGCAAAAGCGCAGCAUUACACGCCCCAACGCGGGCUUUAUGAGGCAGCUGUCUGAGUAUGAAGGCAUCUUGGACGCGAGCAAACAACGACACAACAAGCUGUGGCGCCAGCAGGGUGACACCUGCCUCCAGCCGCCCAUGGAGGACCCCACAGGGUCUGGGGACUUCUUGCCGGAGACCCUGGACGGCACCCCAGAGGCCCAGCUGCCCUGCCUGGACGACGCUGCCCAGCCUGGGUUCCCAGACAGCAGGGCCCCAGGAGGAGCCGCCCUCCCCUGCUGCUUCCGGCGACUCUCAGACCCCCUCCUGCAUCCCCCCAGCGGCGAGACCCGCAGCGUGGUCCACCUGGAGGGCCUGGAGAGGGACGCCCUCCUGGAGGAAGCAGCCGAGGCGACUGAGGCACACAGGCCGGCCGCACAUCCCCAGGAAGCUUCCGGACCCUGCGAGAAGGAGGUGAAGAAGAAGCUGGAGUUCGGGAGCCCCAAGGCCCGGAGUGGCUGGUCGCCCCAGGUGGAGGAGAUGGAAGGGGAGGAGGCCCCGGGAGCAGGGCGGUGGGGGCGGCCCCCGCCCCAGCUGGACCAAAGCCUGCUCAGCCGGGAAAACCUGAACAACAACAACAGCAAGAGGAGCUGUCCGGAGGACUUCGAGCACGAUGCUAUAUUCGGGAUCCUUAACAAGGUGAAGCCUUCCUACAAAUCCUGUGCCGACUGCAUGUACCCUACAGCCAGCGGGGCUCCUGAGGCCUUCAGGGAGCGGGGCGAGAACCCCGGUGCCCCCGCCAUCUGUACCCAGCCGACCUUCCUGCCCCACCUCACAUCUUCCCCUGUGGCCUACACGUCCAGCAGGGCCCGAGCUUUAGAGAGACUGGCCUCUGGCCCAAGCGAAAGUCCCCCUUUCCUACCACCAGCAGGCUCGAGGAGGUCAGACGGUGGUGGCUCUGGGGCUGAAGCUGCCCCAGAGCUACCGGCUAGCCUUUCGGAACCUUCCAGAGAAACCCAAAGAGCCCUGCCAAAGUCCCUCCUUUUGAAGAACUCUCACUGUGAUAAGAACCCUCCAAGCAUGGAAGUGGCGAAGGAUGAAUCCCCACCCAAGAAAGAUCCGAAGCCAGCCAAGGACCUGCGGCUUCUGUUCAGUAAAGAAGCUGAGAAACCAACCACCAACAGCUACUUGAUGCAGCACCAGGAAUCCAUCAUUCAGCUGCAGAAGGCGGGCUUGGUCCGGAAGCACACCAAAGAACUGGAGAGGUUAAAGGGCACGCCCGCAGACCCGGCUUCUCCCUCCAGGGACGGCACGACCAGCAGGCUGGAGGCCAGCAUCCCCGAGGAGAAUCCCGCUCCGCCGGGGCCCCUGCCGCUGCCUCGCCUCUCUGGGAGUGACGAGAAGUCAGAGGCCCUCCCCGCUCCACUUGAAGGAGCCCCACUCAAGAGUCCCACCCCCUUCCUCUGCCGCCUGGAUCACACCAGUCAUUUCUCAAAAGACUUCCUGAAGACGAUCUGCUACACCCCCACCUCCUCCUCCAUGAGCUCCAACCUGACCCGGAGCUCCAGCAGCGACAGCAUCCACAGCGUCCGAGGCAAGCCCGGGCUCGUGAAGCAGCGGACGCAGGAGAUCGAGACCCGUCUCCGGCUGGCGGGCCUCACCGUUUCCUCCCCGCUGAAACGCUCACACUCUCUGGCCAAGCUCGGAAGUCUCAACUUCUCGACAGAGGACCUGUCCGGUGAGGCGGACGCGUCCACCCUCGCCGACUCCCAGGACGCUAAGUUGGGCGAGUCUUCCUUCCCUUGUGAGCCCCGGGCAAACCCAAGGAACCCAGCUGCAGCCUCUCCGCCAUCAGGGAAACCCGCUUCAGAAAACUUGAGGAGCCCCUUGUGGCUGAGCAGGAGCUGACCCGCCUCUUGCUGCGUUUGGACGGACACCGUCACGUGAUCCCUCCGUGCGUUUCACCGGGGGUUUUGGUCAGCCCCUCGUAUCUUGAUUUCUCCUAAACAGUGGAUGCUCGGACUUUCCCCCUCUUGCCACAGAGAGGAGGGGAAGAGACAAAAAAUAACGUAGCCCAAGAAGAAAGGGGGAAGAAGCCAGCUGUGUGGCCCUGGAGAGCCAGAAGCCGUCGGCCAGUAGAUACAAAACCCUGAUCCCCAGGUCCUGUGGUUUCAGGAAGAAUCCUGUUUUAAAAAAGCAUAUACAGAUGUGCAGACACAUCGCAAGUACUCCCUUGGCACCGUGCGAAAGAAUGGGAGCCGAGAUGGCUCCAUCGCCACGCGCACGUUCCUAGCUCAUUCGGGCCCUCGCGGGGAAACGCUUGGAUGGCAAUAUUAAGUCCUACCUCUGUUCUUGCUGUGCUUUUUGUUUUUAAGAUACAACAGUGACCCAGGCUCGUUCCGGGGAAUGAUGCUGUGUCAGAAAAGGUUUUUUCCAAAAGAGAGUUUUUUUCUUUGGUCCCCACCAAAAAAAAAAAAAAACCACCCCAAAAAGCGUUAAGACUUUUAAGUCGACCGCACCAAGCGCCGCUAGGUAAAGUGAACACGAAGUCGUCCAGUGCCGUUGUUGAACCAACUCUAUGGCGCGUACAGAUCAUCCGUACGGUUGACUUCUUUGUCCUGGUUGUGUUGUUACGGCUGAGUGAUGCGCGUCUGGUCAGCGCCGGGGCGAGGGGCAGGGGGACGGGAACGUACGUGACGUCCUUGGUCGUUGCCAAUGGCAAAGUUUAAACUGCCCCCAACCUGGGAAGGAGGACCCACGACGCACUGCGGGUCCCUCAUCCGCUGCUGGACCCGGUGCGGUUGUGUUGAGGCUUUGGAAGUGAUUGGGCGUCUGGUGGGGACGGUGGUGCUGCCACUUGGAUCGAUCGUCCUGCCAGGAGCCCCGGCCCUCGGGUUCCUUGGGUCACAGGAGUGUGUUUGGGGAGGCAGAGGGGGUCUCCCUCCUGGGGAGCGACUCUGCAGCAGCUUCUCAGAGAAACGAGAUGAUGGAAAAGCUUCCCAGAUGUUUACAGCUGCCCCUUCCUUAGGUGAGGACACUGCUUCCUGUUUCUCUCUGGCUCUUCCUCGCGGUGAGGCCAGAGCGGAGGAGAGGUCUGUAGUCCUGGCCUGGGCUCCAGGUAGCCCCCUUUCAGAAUCCAGUGAGCUGCACACGUCAUGCUGUCACUGGUUCCGGGCUGGGGGGGCGGGGGGGGGUGGCGUUGGGGGAGGGGCUCCGCAGGUGUUGUGCGGAGCCCCUGUUAAAAUAUUUUGGAGAGAGAGAAAAGAGGCUCGGUGGGUAAGGCAGAAAGGUUUCAUCCAAGGAGGCAGAAAACUGGUGUACGGACCCAUGGGCCAAGAACAUUUUUAAGAGGUUACAAAAAAAAUAACAAUACGCAACAGGUGCCAGGUAGCCAGCGAAGCUUAAGAUACUCACCCUCCAGCCCUUUAUAAAGUUUGCGGACCCUGGGCUUUAUUCGACACCUCGGGGCUCCAGAACAAAACUGGCGAAUCUGAAGGCCCUCCCUGCCUCUUGGACACCUCAAGCCAAACCCUUGCCUUCUCCCGACCCAGACCUUGCCAGCACGCCCCCCCCCCCCCCCGCGCGCGCGUGGCUCUCACGCAGGGUAGGGUCGCUGUGUAGGUGCGAGGGCGCUGCUGGUCAAAGCUUUCCCGGAGUAUAGCUGGCUCUCCGCUGGCGGCCAGAUUGGUUCAGUGAAACUACAAGCCUCCCGGGCCCAGCCAAGCUCCGAAAGUGGGCGAAGGAGUCGCCCUCUUACGUUUUACGUUGGUCAGACCUGGGCCCCCUGAGAGCACUCGGGAAGGAUCUUCAGGAACAAGGGUGAUCCACAUUCCAACUAGCGAGUAGAGUCUGUGCAAAAAUGCUCUCUCCAGGAACUUUUCCUCUCUGGCGUUCUUUUUUAUUUUUAUUUUUUAUCAUUUUUUUUUUCUAACAUUACGUUACUUUAUAGGAACUUAUUUUCCCACCUGUCAAUCCAAACCACCUUAAAAGGUGAUUAUCUGCUUCUUCCUGAAAACCCUUUUGGGUACCCCGCCCCCCCCCCCACUCCCGCCACCGCCCUGGCCAAAAGAAACAUAGUCUCAAAAAACAUACCAAGUUCAAUACGUUUUGCCAAAUUAAAUUUCAUGUGGUGGCUCAAUUUUUGUGUCAAAAUAAUCCUUUAGAUUUGACGCUGACAGGCUUGGGUUACUCUUUUAAGACCAGGUCUGUGUGGGAGAACCGGAUGUUUUUAAUUUUCAAAGUGUAGGAGGAGGAUUAGGAAUUUGAGUGAGUCUCUGGCUUCCGGUUGCCCAUUUGUCUUCAGAAGCACGGCUCGCCUUUCAGCGUCUACACAGACCAGGGCCCAGGUCCCCAUUAUCAGAGCAAAAUGAAGCCCUCUUGAUUUAAUGGCUACCACUCUGGCCUGGAGGAAAGGAUCAAAGCUUUUCUCCCAGACCCGGAGGAGCAAGAACACCCCACCAGGCUUGGGGGCACCCUGGCAAAGACAGGCUCACGCUGGCCCCUGGAAGAGGAAGUUUGUGCCACACGACAUGCCGUGUCUGGACCGAUGCCCCGUCUCGUCUUCCUUGCUGAUGGCGAGAAUUCUGAACAUGGGUGGCACAAGUUAGAGGCGGGGUCUUUGCUGUGAAAGUCGUUGGUUUUGGUGACCACCCUCUUCGGAGAACGCCCUUGCUGAAACAGAGAGCAAAAGUUUCCUAAGUCAGCUUGAUGAUCUCCCUGAGCCUUGAACCGCUGUUCACGUACUGUCUCGCCUCUCUCUCUUUUGCUUUAAUUCCUGUGGCAUGCCAGAAGUUAGACUCAACUUCCCCAGAUGUUCAUCUUGCAUUGAUUCGGGGCGGGGAGGGUCUUCUUGUGAAGCUUUAAGUAUUCAGGGGAAACUGGUCACGGAGAGAGAAACCACAGGACCCCCUGGUCAUGAUCUGACAAUGUCGAUUUCAGUUUCUUGGCCGGGUAGCGACUGCAGGGCCUUGGAGCGAUGUCCAUCACCGCGUGAACUUGAGAACAAAGUUGCCCACUCUUGGCAUUCCCUGCUGCUUUGAUCUCACGGUGUGGGGACCCAUGCCGAGCUCUGGGUGCCCAACAGCAGGCUCCUGGGUAGUGGGUAGUGGUACCCUGUCUGUCAUGCAUGAGAUCGCUCACUAGCUGCUCACAGAUGGCUGCACUGUGCCAGCCUCUUCUGUUCCCCCCCACACCUCUCGCCAAAAACCAUUCCAGCCCCUUCUAGAGCCUUUUCCCUCCCGGAUAAGCCCAGAGGAUGCCACAGAAUUAACCUCUUCAGGACAGCCCUGGACUUAGGCACCCCUGUCUCUCCAUACCGGCCAGAUCCCAGAAGGUUCAUGACUCGCCCUGCUCCCUUGGGACCAUUUCUCCCCAGUGAGAAGAAAUGCUACAUCGUCAAGGUCAUAGAAGUAACCUUACCCAAGGUGUCUGAAGAGAGACGUGCCCUCUGUUGACAGGAAAUGCCCGCUGCUGGAAUACAUUUCACCCAGCGCUCCUCUGGCUUGCCACCUGGUGGGGCUUCCCGCAGACACAGCGAGGGCAGGAGCACUAGGCAGGCUAAGGAGUUUGUGACACAGCAUGGUGCACGUUCACCUGCUCUGCUCCCACCCCGCAGGUUCUUGCCGAUGCUGCAUGCCAAACACAGGUAGUUGAUCGACCCCCACGCUCAGCUACUUGGUCUUACUGUGUGCGUUCCGUAACUGAAUCCCCGUGUGUAGGAGUUCACGCCGCAUCAAUAGACCUACAGCUUGAAUCACAUCAUACUGUGGGCCACUUCUGUCCCACCCACAUCCACGCCGUGUCCCCCGAGUCCGAAGUGGACCACCUUGACCCAUCUGGAGUGGGGCUGUGCAGCGGUCCCCACAGCAGACCCGGACGUGACCACCUUUUGUCUUGCAGCCGGUGCCCUGGCCUCAGUCAGUCUCUUAAAUAGGAGUCUUUAUAACCAGCCCUCCAGCCCUCCGCGGUCCUUUGUGUUGGCCAUGCCACACAAGAAGGUGGCUGCUUCCUCCCCCCUCUUCCGACACUAUAAUUGUUGUUUUACAAUUGAGUGCCUUAAUAAUAGUUUACGAAUACUGUGUAUUUAUGGGAAACUGUUAAGCUCUCACCUGUGAUUGGACCUUUGCCUUGUCGGUGGUGGUUGGCGUGCGGGCCGGAGCUCGCCCUGCCCCACGCAUGCGCUCAUCUGCUGCGCGGUCGUGCGUGGGGUGGGGGUGGGGGGACCUGCAGGCGAGGCAGGCGCUGGCUCACGCCGCGCCCCACAGUUGCAAGGAAAGCACGGAAUUUGGUUUGCUAGCCAGCUGGGGGGUGGCAUCCCGCCCCGUCACACGAUUGUACUCUUGUCUCAUAGAGAUCUCUUACCACCGAGGCUACCCUGUCUCCCCCGCCCCCCGGCCGGUGUCCUGAGCUCCCUGCAACAAAACGCAGGUGCAGGCACCACCCCCUGCAAAAUCAGGAACUCUACAAGAUAAGUUCUUUGGUUUUCAGAAGCUGCCAGUGGGUUCCAGCGUGUUGCGUUACGGUAUCGAUGAUUUUUUUUUAUUAUAUUGUUUUUCUUCUUGUUUUUUUAUAUAUAUAUAUAUUUAAAAGGCAGUAUCUUUUGUACUGUGAAUUUGCAGUAGAAGAUGCAUAACGCACUUUUUCUUCUGUUGGUGCGUACUGUAAUAGUUCGUGUGCUUCUCGUGAUGAGAAUAAACUUUUUCUUUAUACGUGUUUGAUGACCUA